AUGGAAGGCCUCUUUUUCAAUGUGUCUGCCGGCUUCCUCGAGGGCAUACUUAGAGGUUACAAGGCUGGCCUGCUCACCCAGGCCCAGUAUGCGACGUUGACACAGUGUGAGACGCUUGAGGACUUUAGGAUGCAGUUGUCGGCGACAGACUAUGGCAACUUCCUCGCCAACGAGCCUCUCCCAAUUUCAACUUCAAAAAUCUCAGACAAGGCAACCCAGGUCAUGGUUGACCAAUUUCACUAUCUACGUAGCAAUGCCGUCGCACCGCUUGACAAGUUUCUCGACUACAUAACAUAUGCAUACAUGAUCGAUAAUGUUAUUCUUCUCAUCACCGGCACACUCCACGAGAGAGAUACACACGAGCUAUUGGAACGCUGUCACCCGUUGGGUGUGUUUGACACUAUGCCUGCCCUUUGUGUGGCAACCAAUGUCGAGGAACUCUACCAGAGUGUUCUUGUAGAGACUCCUUUGGCCCCGUACUUUCGCGAGUGCCUCUCCGCUUCGGACCUCGAUGAUCUGAACAUUGAGAUUAUUCGAAACACACUUUAUAAAGCAUACCUCGAAGACUUUGACAACUUUUGUCAAUCCAUUGGAGGUCCAACAUACGACGCUAUGCACCGCAUUCUGGCGUUUGAGGCGGACCGCCGCACUAUCAACAUCACCAUUAACUCGUUUGGAACCGACCUCUCUAAGGAGCAGCGCGCACGUCUCUUUCCAACCAUCGGAAACCUAUUCCCCGCAGGCAAUAACUUGCUCGCCAAGGCAGACGAGAUUGAGCAGGUUCGUGCAGUAUGCGACUACGUUGCCGAGUACCGCCACUUUUUCGAUGCUGCUGCGUCGUCUGCGAGCCGUGGAAAUGGUGGAGCAGGCGAUGAUCCAACGAGCGCGAUUGCUGCGACGCUCGAGGACAGGUUCUUUGCGACCGAAGUGCACCUAAACAAGCUCUCUUUCCUCCAGCAAUUCCAGUACUCCAUCUUCUUCAGCUAUUUCAAGCUCAAGGAGCAAGAAAUUCGAAGUUUAACGUGGAUCGCAGAGUGCAUCGCCCAGGAUGCACGUGACAGGAUCCAAGACUUUAUCACGAUCUUCUGA